GGUAUUCAGAUUUAAAGGCCUAUUUACCGUAGCGCAAUAUUUCUUUUCUUGAUAGAUUUAAAUUUGGGUAAAAUCCUCUAGUAUUACUUUGUGAUGUGGCCAAACGACAUGUUGGUUUUUCGAUUCGUAAUGUUGGUGGCUGUGAGUACUAUAGCUUUAGUAGAAAAUAAAGUUGAUGCUGAAUGUGAAGAUCACCGUAUCGGAACGAGCGAUUCAAAAAUUUCUCUAGAUGGGUCAUGCGAUGAUGAACAUUGCAAGGACUUUAUUUUCAACAAGGACAACUUGGAUGAUCUUGAAAAAUAUAUCUACGAUUUCGUACAAGAAAGGCUUUCACGAUCAAGUCAAAUCGUAAAUCAUCUUCAAAUCGCGACCUCUAGCGACAUCACAACCGAUCGUGAUACAACGCCUUCAUUGACAACGGAACCGCCUGAGAUAACUUUACCAAUCACGGACAAUCAGUCUGACUCCCCCAGUGCGAGCAAAGGCACAACUCUAGCCGGCAACAUCACCACACAAGGAGAUCCCUUGGUGUUGAAAGGUUGUCCCCAAUCAAACUAUGGGUUCAGUUCGUUAGACAAACAGUACAUUGUUGUCAACAUUUCUAUACCAGACCUAGAUGAAGUAUCAAUAUGUGCGCGGGUUCGACCUAUGGGAGGGAAUCCACUAAACGGUGCUAUAUUAAGUUAUUCCAACGAGGACGAGGGAGAUAAAGCAAUGUGGUUGGCUUUUGAAGAUGACGGGACAAAAUUGCAUGUGCAUGGAAACAGUCAUAUCGCUCACUUUAAUAUAUCGAACACCACUUACUCGAGUCAUAUUUGCUUCCUCGUUGAGAAAGACAUUGUGUGGCUGUACCAAAAUUCGACCACAGCCUCGUCAAAUAAUUUGGCUGGUAUCAUAAAAGGAAGAGGAACCUUGGUCAUCGGUCAAAAACAAAAAGGCAAAAAUCCACUCAAUUUUAAGACCGACAAAGCGUUCAGCGGCAUAAUUGAAAAUCUGAUGAUGUGGAAUCGCACUCUUACACAUGAUGAAAUGGAUGCAAUGUAUGAGAAUAAAUGCAACUGUGCUUCUGACUACUUUGUCGCAUUAACACGUGAGAACGUCGUCAUCCAUGGAGAAAUUGCAAUUGGUGAAACAGAAAAUUGCUGAUUCGUAUCUUAAAAUCGAUCAGUGAGGUAAAGCAAUACAAAACAUUUAUGAAAUAGAUUCCGAGAAAUAUUUAGUUAAUUUAAAUUAGCUGAAUAAUUGUCAAACUUUAAUUACAUAUUUUCUUCACAAAAUUGUGCAUGUCAUUAAAUUGACAGUAUGAUAAAUUUCAUAAAUUUCACAUUGAGAUUUGCGUCUCACGCUGAACAUUUAAGAGAUUUAUGUCUUAGUGGAAUAUGUAUUUUAUAUUUGUACCAUUGUCUACUUUUCUUUUGAUAUCUGGCUAAAACUAUCUAAUUUUUUUUUGAAUUUAUCUAUGAAAAUGUAUAAUAUUAUCGUGCAAAAUUUUUUUCUGAAAUUGAAUAUAUAUAGAUAUAUCAACGAUUACAAUGUGGGACACUUUUUUUUAAAUAAGUCAAAAAUGGUCAACAACAAUAUCAAUGAAUUUCAAAGGUUUACUUCGUGUCCAAUAAAGAAAGCUUCAUACAUUAGUCGAAUUUCAUUCGUCAAAAUCCUUGCAAUUGGUAAUUUCAUGUUCAUUAUAUCAUUAUUCCCGACUAAUAAAGGCGACUCCUAAUGAUAUUUGAUGCAAUAAACCACGAAAAACUAUAAAAUUGCUAUCAAUGUUCCCAGGUACUCAGAGUCGAAAGUAGGUGCAGGAAUAUUAGAUGUAACCGCUAUGCACAAGAGA